AUGGGCUGCGGUUCGUCCAUGGAGACACAGUCGAGCGCUAGAGGGCAGUGGCCACCAAAUGGUGCGUUGCGUCUGCAAGAAAAUGGUGGAGCCAAAGUAACGAAUAUUGUGCAGCAAUACGUGCGUCUCGAUGAGCGGAUCAGCAAGUUGGAGGGCACUUGUCCAGGUCCGCGCAUGGCCACCGCCGAGGCUUGGAUCGAGCAUCUGCAGGCCAAGCGCGAUGUUAUGCUGGGUCUGGACGGCAUGCAGCACAGUGCGCGUCCAGCGACAGCGCAGAGCCAGCCGAACCGGCUAAGGGGUGAGGCGGAGGCACAUCAAUUAAGUAGCUACCCCUUGACGUUGGGCAGCGAGCGGGUAGGCAAUGAAAUCGUUGCUAACACGCCCACCAAGGACCUGGCCCAGCUGGCUCAUAACUUAGGCGUGAUUGGUGAUCCACGCAAGGCUUCCAUGCACGAGGACUUCUUUGCCAAUUUGAGCGAAUCGGCGCUCUACUUACUUAGCAUACGAUACUAUGGUGAACUUCUGGAUCACACCAAGCAACGGCUCAAGGCUCUAACCGCCAGCUAUGCGGAGCUCAAUGACCUGUAUGUGAAUCAGGAUGGUAUCAUUGCCUACAUUAGUGGCGGCACCUACAUGACCCGGCUCGAGGAGUCCAUCGAUGAGCAACUGGAGGUGGCGCGCGAUACACGUGACAAGCUGGGCAGUGCGUUGGAACAGUGGCGCAUCUGUGGGCUGCUCCUACGCGCUGCGGCUAACUCGUCCACACAGGCGCUAAAGCAGUGGCGGCAGCUGAACAGGAUAAUCGACCCCAAACAAAAAUUGCAAGUAGCACUGGAUUGUCGCAGUUUGCUGCAUGCAUCUCUAACCUCCCUGGAGGCAGCGCAAUUGGCUCUGCCACAUGUGGAGCUCAAGUACAUGAGCAAUCGCCAGGUGCUUGCUGUUAACCACUGCAAUACGUAUAUGAUCACAGACAUUGCGAAUGCAGCGAGAUAUGAGCACACGACCCGCGUCUUUACGAGCUAUGAAGUGAAUAUUCAUUCCAAGACCUGCACCUGGCUCUAUGACACAUUUAAUAAAACUCUACGCAGUGAUUUCGACAAGGCAGAAGAAACGGUGCGACGCUUGGCGCGAACUUUGCGUCAGCAUCGCGAGGAGACUUUUAGCGCGGCGGGCAAAUGAAUUACCACUUUCAAAUACAUACAUAUAUAUUCAAGUAU